AUUUUUUUUUGUUGAAGUUGAAGAUUUGAAUUUUGAAGUGAAGAUAAAAUUAAUAAACGAAAUCGUCGAUCGCAAAUGAAAUGAUCGCAAAGUUUGGAACAAAAAUUCAUUAAUUUCAGUGUGUUCCUUGGGUUCCUUUAUCAUAAUAUGUACAAACAUAUGAGAGUAUCAUAUUGAUGUUGUGUUGUGAUUCAAGUAUUGUGUUCUUUGAUUCGACACCAACCCACUACUUUGACGAUGCAUAUUUUGUGCACCAUUUGUAGUGACCUGGUCAAUCCAGCGGAAAACUUACAUGCUACAAAAUGUGGACAUUUGUUUCACUACCAUUGUCUCUCACAAUGGAUCGAAAGGUCAAAAUCAUGUCCUCAAUGUCGCAACAAAGUGACAGACAAGUGUAUGUUCCGAAUCUACCCAACGGUGUCGAAUGAGAAUUCCAGCGAGGAUGUUACCACUCUGCAGUCGAGGCUCGACGAUGCGUUAUUGCAGUUACGACAGCAGAAAGCCAGGGAGAAAGAAAAGGAGAAUAAGUUGACAGCAGUCAGCGCUGAUUUGAAGAAAAAUGAGGAACUUCUAAAGACAUUUGAGAAGAAGUUAGUCAGCCGAGACUCAGCAGUGGCAGCACUCCGGGAACAGCUUGAGUAUGUCAAGGUGCAGAACAAGGAGACACAGAGACUUAAAGAUGAGAAUGAAUCCCUAAAGAAGAACAUGCAGACUUUGAAUGGUUUGCAAAAGGUCCUAAACGCAACAAGUGACGAAGUCGAGCAGAUGUUACAAGGAUACACGGACGUGCGAACUGUUGCCACAUUCGCUACUGCUCUCAAAAGGGCACUGUGUGAAUCUGAAUCGAAGAAAUCAGAGCUGCGAGAGCGGCUGCAGGCGGCCACGCAAGCCUGCAGUGCUGAGAAAUCUAACGUCCGCGCGCUACAACUUAAAUUAUCACAAUUAGAAGAAAAAUUUAUUCACGCCGAGUUGAAUGUAGCCGAAUUGAAGGAACAGAUUGAGAACAUGAAGAAGAAGAAAGUGGAGGCGCCCCCCACUGUGACGAAUAUUUUCUCACAGAAGAUUGAAGAGAAGGACAAUAUGUUAGAUUUCCCAUUCAAUAUGAAGAUUCAAGCAACAAGGGAGUCUGAAUUUAACAAGGCUAUGUGUAUCAGUCGAAAUAGUUCUUUUGAUAAACAGGUGAAAACAAUAGAGGAUUCCGAGUCGCCGUACUUGAACCUGAAGCAAAGCAGCCUGGCGCUGGCGGCGCUGCAGCAGCGGCCGCGGCAGCUGCCGGCCGAGGCCCAGCUCAGGCCUGCAGAAGUGGCAAUGUUAAACUCAGUCCGCAACAUUGCCAUGAAGAAACCAGCCGAGCCCAGCACAAGUAUAUUUCAGAAAAAGGCAAAAAUGAUGCUCCCUUUGGACAAGGAAACGCCUAAGUUUAUUGACGUGGAUAUGGACAUUUCGUAUGAUGGAUUAGGAGGUCAUUCAAAACUUGAUAUCUUCCCGACUCCAACUAAGCCAGCUCUGAAGAGUUGUGUGCCCAAACUGAGCGCCAAACACAAACUGAAAAGGCCCUCCGCGCCCGUCGCCGGCAGCCAAGACAUUGGAAAAAUGCUGGCCAAGUUACGAGAAAAAUGACGUUAAUUUUUUUUUUAUUACGUAUCAAACGUCACAUCGGGCGCCGCAUCGGGGAUGCUCCUAGAUGGCUGGCAUUGAUUAUGAUUCCCCCGCGAAAAAUUAUUGUUUUCUACACUUCUUAUUAUAAGGAAAAAGUGUUUGUAAAAUAAUUUUCAAGAAGAGUGCGCAACUCGGUCCGCGCCGUCAUCAAAUCGUAAAAGUACGAUUUUUUUUGUAAUGUUAUCUGUGAUUUAUGGUGUGCCUGUUUGAAUUGUGUGUUGUUAGUAAUCAAACACAAAUAUAACUAUUAUUAUAGACAUGUCCUGUUAUUCAUAAAAAACUUAUACUAUAAGCUGAAAUAUGUUUUGUCACUUUAGCAUUUAACUAUAUUUUAUAAGUGUGAUAGUGACAAAACAUUUCAGAGGAGUCUAUGCUAAUUCCGGCUUUAACUCGGUCGUGGCCGUCUUUGUAAAAGCCGAGAGUCUCUUCGGCAGACGAGUUUCUCUUCGUGCUUUUUUAUGUGAGUGAAAUGGAAGAUUGACGAUGUCUGUAGUUUUCUCUGUCUAUGUUAAAGAAAGUUGUGUUUUGAAGUCGAGUUGCCCACCAAUUUGAUUAUAGUUUUUCACAGAAUUAAAUAAAGUUGAAAAAUGUUCGGCUGUGCCGAACUAAUGACCAUAUAAUUUUUAUAAAUUAUUCAAUGUUAGUAUAGUUAUUUAUAUUUGUAUGCCUAUCAGGAGUAUAUAUGAUGUUUUUACUUUAUUUUGUAAGGUAAAAUGUUAUCAAGUUACUAUGAAGUUAAUAAAGAAAUAAAAGACUGCUAAUUUAAUAAAUCAUUGAAUCUGA